AUGACUGUCAAUCAGUGGGGGCAAGCCUGUGUGGGCGGGGCCGCAGAGAGGUCGGCGAGAACGGCUUUAGCAACGGCUAGCAGGCUGGGAAGACUACAGUCGGGCUUUACACAGUUUAUCUUUUACCCACAUGUGUAUUUAUUGCAGGCAUCCAACUGCCGCACAAGUUCAGGCCAAUGGAAGAAAAGAGCAGCGAAAUUGAAUGAAACCCCAAAGCAAGAAAUUAAAGAGGGCUUUGAUUUAUUCGAUGUUGUUGGGUCUGGAACCAGAGAUGUGAAAGAAUUGAAGAUUGCAAUGUGAGCCUUAGGAUUUGAACCAAAGAAAGAAGAAAUUUAAAAAAUGAUAGCUGAAAUUGACAAAGAAGGAAUCGGCACCAUUAGUUUUGAAGAUUUUUUGGCCAUAAUGAGUGUAAAAAUGAGUGAAAAAGAUGAAAAAGAAGAAAUAUUGAAGGCUUUCAAAUUAUUUGAUGAUGAUAAUACAGGAAGUAUAUCACUAAACAAUAUCAAGAGGGUUGCUAAGGAACUAGGGGAAAAUUUGACAGAUGAACUUCAGGAAGUGCUUGAUGAAGCUGAUCAUGAUGGGGAUGGAGAAAUAAAUGAGGAAGAAUUUUUGAGAAUGAUGCAAAAGACCACUCUUUAUUAA